AAUCCUGGUAAGAUUUUUUUUUUUUUUGAAACAGAAUCCAUCUGGUAACUUAAUAUAAAAAACACACAGUGGAUUUAAUUUAUUGCAUUUAAAAGAAACAGUGAGAACUAUAAAUCAAUUCUUUCCGCCUUGAUUCGCCUUCCUCGUUUUCAUCCAUUGAUUUUCGAUUCUCUUUUCUGAUUUGUUUGGUUUUGUGAAGUAUUUUUGCAGGUAUAACCGCUUCUAUGGCUAAAUCUUCUUCUCGUUCUCGCAAGAAGAACCGCUCCAAUGCCAAGGCUUCAUCUCAGGCUCGAACAAGGAAGAAAACAAAGACUAGGAGCAAGAAGUAUGAAUCCAAGAAGCUUCGCCGUCGUCAUGUUUCUGAUGAUGAUGAUUCAAAUAGUUCAAUGUCAGGUUCAUCUUACUCUUCUAGUUCUGAAGAUUUGAAAAUUAGAAGCAAAAGGUCUCGGAGUCACACCAAAAAGGAUAAGAAGAAGGCUAAGAGUCGAUUUUAUAGUAGUGAAAGUAGUGAGGAUUCUUCUCGUGCGAGGAAGAGAAAAGGGUCAAAGAGAAAACAUGAUUAUGAGGCUAAGAAUAAAAAUUAUUCCAAGAAGAAACGCAGGAGGAAUGAUACUCCUAGUUCUUCCAGCGACAGGUCUGUGAGCUGCUCAAGUUGUAAGGAUGGACAUGAAGUUGACUUAAAGAAGCACAAAAGUAGUAAGCGUGCAAGAGAGGAAAGAAAUUUGGGGAAGGCUGAAUCCCCACUUAAAAGGAGUAGAUAUGGGUCAAGGAGUCCUUCAUAUAGUCAGUGUAGUGAAAGUAGUACCUAUCAGAGCAAGGAGGGAGUUUUGGUGGAGAACACCUCAAGGCGGUUGAGAUCAGUUAUUACUAUAGCAGAAAGGCCUGAUGAAGAGUUAAAUAAGGAUGAACAUAAAGAAGAGAUGGUAUUUGAUUAUGAUGAUUACCCUUCUUCUAGAAGCAAUGACAGUAAUGAUGUGGGGAGCAAGAGGUUAGAGAAUGAGAAAGGUGAGGAAACUGCUGUCUCACAUCUCAGAUUCCCCAAACUUGUGAACACUGGCAAGGUUUCUGACAGGGAUGAUGAGGUUGGAAGUGAUCCUAGCACUAAGGAAUAUGGGACAAGUCAUCCUGCAAAUGAAAAACCAACUGAGCUAUUUGAUGCUAUUACUAGUGGAAAUAAUGAUGACCUAGAGUUAGUUUUAAGACAAAAGGCUUUGGAAAAUCUAAGAAAGUUUCGUGGAGGUCGCCAAACUAAUGGGAAAACUGAUUCUGCCAAUCAGAAGGAUAAAAAUAAUGUUGAUGAGAAGGCACCACAAUCAUCCACCACAAAGGCAGAAUCUGCUCAAAUUAGGUUCACUGAGCAAGAUGACAGUAGAGUGGUUGGUGGGAAUUCCCCCAGAGAGGCUUGUGUUGAACAGCUUGUAUCAACUGAACCCCCAUCAGUGAAACAGCAGGGCAUCCCUGCAGUAGGGAAUGUUACCACAUAUUCUUCCCAGAUCAAAGAAAACAUAAUAGCUAAGAGUCCCGGCCGCAAUGAAUUUGCAUCUACAAAGCAUAAUAUUGCUCGCUCAACAUUUCAGAUGGCUAUUGCUGAUAAUCUAAAACAAAAGCUCAAUGCAGGCACUUCUACUGUCAAAUCAAAGUUGGCUACACCAGCAUUGAAACGACAAUUGUCUAAAACUGAUUCAACGCAAAAGCAAGCUCCCAAAUGUGAGAAAACUCAGGAAAAGCUGUUGGUUGAUGAGAAAACAUUAGAUGAGACUGCUGUUAUAACUAACCCAACUGUGACCAAAAGUAGCAACAAUAAUGAUGGUGAAGGCAUCAGUAAUGCCAGUAGCUCUGCUGCUUUGGAACCUUCUCUUAAAUCCUCACCAGGAGAUACUAAAUCCGAUACACUGCAAGAGGAGGCUCAGGAAGGCUCACAGUUUGAACAGAAGACAAUGUCUGUAAUGCGAGGUGGAGAAAUGGUACAGGUGAGCUACAAAGUCUACAUCCCUAAGAAAGUUCCUGCUUUGGCGAGGAGGCAACUCAAGCGAUGAUAUUCUGUUGAACAAACCUAACCCAUUGUCAUUGGUGAAAAUCGAAAAAAUUGCUCAGGAAAAUAAAUAAUAAUCAUGAAAACAUACCACCUUCUUAAGAUUUUUCUGUAACAUAGAGGGAUUUUUUUUAAAAUGAUUUUAACAUGCAUUUAUGUUCUGGUAUUUCAACCUGAAGGAUAGAAGAAAGUUGUGAACUAUAUAAUAUAUUGGGUUGUUUUUGCGGUUGAUUAUGAAUAGGACUUGUGUUAUAGUUGAAAAAGUUAUAUAAUUUUCGUUGAAGCCCA